AUGUUAAGUGCUAAACUACGACUUCUACGUGGCUUGGCUCCUGUUAGCUUUGAUGAUUCAAUUCUAUACUGUUCCAGUCUACCGAAUAAAUGUGAAGUAUCAAAAAGUGCUCAGCCAAGUUUUGUUAGCUUGGGAAAAUCUUUACCUCAACAUUUUCAACAAUCGUCUCAGUUACACGAAGUGUAUCUGCCUAGAUUUCCGUCGAGUGUUGGAAAAUCAGCUGUAAAUCAUUUUGUUGCAUCAAAUAGCCCUACAGUUGUGAGCAGCAAUAAUAAUAGCAAGUGUGUAGAGAAGAUAAAUCAAAGUUGUCAAACUGAAUCACUCGAACCUGAGGUGUGUAUUGAAAAUCUUUCAACGACUAUAUCACAAAUUUUUCACAAGUUGAAUCGUCAUGAACUUAAGAAUAUGUCGAAUUGUGAUCGAAGCCAAUUUCCUAAAUUAUGGUUAGAUUUAAGUGAACUGAACUAUUCACCAGCUCAGUAUAAUCUAGGCGUUUGGUAUGAAAUACAAGCGUCAAAGUGUUUACCACUUCAUGAGAAUUUAAAGCGGCAUUAUACCAGUCAAGCAAGUUAUUGGUAUAAAUGUGCAGUGCGGAAAGACUGUCAUCCAUUGGCUGCAUAUAAUUUAGCCUGUUUAAUGCUAAAUUCACGUCAUCAUCAAUCGGAUCAAUCGGCAUUUAUUACUAUUACUACUACUACUACUACUAUUGAUUGUACAGAUAAACAGGAUGAGAAAGACUAUACAGUUAUCGAUCUAAUGAAACUUGCAGCUGAUGGUAAUGUGAAACAGGCGAAGAAGUACUUGUCUAAACACACACUGUAA